UAAAAAAAAAAAAAAAAUAUAUCGUGUUGUUUUGAUUCUAGUUAAGUUUUUAUUUCAUUGUAACUGCAUUAAAAAAUGUCUCAACAAUUAGAAUUACUUACUGAGAGUCCAUCGCUAUGGACUACUGUAUCGUUAUUAACACCAGAAAUACAGAAGAAGGAGAUAAAACCCUUUGUGAUUCUGGCCCUCAAAGAGCUAGAAGGCAACCCAGACAGCAGAACGUCCAGCAUAAUGAACACAGACAAAUUCUCAGCUGUGAGGGAGGUGGUAAGGCACUUUGCGAGGCUGCGCUCUGCUACAAAGGAGCCGUGGGGGCAAGAUGAUGUGCGGACGUUUUUAGAAGGAUUGAGGUUUUCACCGGAAUGCGUAUCAGAGUUCACAACACUGCUGUGCACGGACAAGAUAUAUGAGAAUGUGCCGCUGCACCUGAGAGUGAAACCCGGACUGGCCAGCCUACAGUGGAAGAUUGAUAUCUCGUUAUGCCAGUCUUCAAUAGCAUCCGAGACUGCAUCAGCUCAACGCACCAAACAACUAAUGCAUAGAGACACAUACAUCAUACUAAUAUUAACUCUCACAGACGGACAAACGCUCACAUACAGACUAUCUUAUGAGAAAUUCCAUGAACUUAGGUAUACUAUAGCUAGCGCUUUGAAAAGUAUGAUCGUUUUAGAACGUAGGAAGUGUAUGAAGAGGGAAUGACAUAAGUUUUCUUGGGGGUAGACUGGUGCCUGUCUUUCUCUCUCUCUUUUGAAGUAUGCUGUAUGUACAUGGAGUACAAAAUGAUUAGCGGAGGUGCUGUAACGGAAAAUCUCCUAAGAAAAGCCCGAAAAAAUACGGGUGUUCGGGAACGUUACUGUCUUUGCCCUUAUAAAUCAAAAUCAAAAGUCAUAUAUUCAAAAUAGGCUGAAAAUCAGCACUUUUCGAACGUCAAAUUUACAAAGACAGCCCCCAAAACGCCCGCCCUUCACCUAUCCUUCAUAUACGCUUUGGAUCCUUUGUAAUACCAAAAAUCGUUGACAGUUGUCACAAAGAACCCGAACGCCUUGUUAAUUCACUCGUAACUGCCAGUUUUGGUCAUGUCCCACUGUAUAUAUUUGACCUAGAAGGCGGCUGGCCUACCUGCCUUAUGGCAUCUCCGCUCAUCUAUCCUUACUCCGCGUGUAUGUAAUAGAAAGAUGAAGAUAGUUUUGGUACUGUCCCUCUUAAAUAGGAGUUGUUGAGUUAAAGCAAUAAAAAUAGCUUGCAUAUGCUCAAGUUAUGAUAUGAAUCUUGAGCGCUGACCUUCACCUGCGCAGAAGUUAUUUAUUGGGUCCCUUUUGUGGUAUGAAGUGAGGCGCUAGGGCGGGCUAAAGCGGUGAUUGGCCCGCAGCGCAUCGCGUCAUAGCCGUCACUCGGGAUUGGUUCUUUGCUAGUAAAUCACUUCUGCGCAGAUGUAGGUCAGAGCUCAAGAUUCAUGCCGAUAACUAUACAAAAUAGUAGAUAUGUCGUAGUUUAUGGAGACUUAAGGUACGUUUUAGAAGCAAGCUGCCGACUGCAACUUGCAGCGACCGCGUGAAAUCGGUCGAUAUCUGAAGCCGACUGCUGUCGCUUUCAUCCGAAACGAUGUCAUGUAAAUAUUAUAAGUACUGGUUUGAAUGUAUUAACAUGACAUAGUAUGUAUAUACGUGCAGCUGCGACCGACUUCAUGCGUUCGCGGCAUGUGCGGUCGACAGUUGCAGUCGGCAGCUAGCAUUCAAAAAUUACCUUAAAGCAUGUUUAGUGUAUGUCACGUCACAUUCCACUAGUUUAUCAUUAUCUAAUAUUUUGUUAUAACAAGAAAGCUAAUGUACAUUUCGAAUCAUAAAUAAAAAUAGUCGUUAAUAUUUGAAUGAAUAAUAAUUUAUUGAUUAAGUAGGUAGUAUUAGGUAAUUAAAUUGUAAAAAUUAUGAGACUUGAAAAGCUCAUUUAUCAUGUUUGAAAGUCCCUUCUUGAAAGUCGGGUAAAAUAAUUGUUUACUAUUUAAUCUGCUUAAUUUCUUGCCAUGCAAAUGGUGAAUUAUUUUGAAUAGAGCACGUUUUAACGAAAUUGCUAAUGGUUCUAUGUCUCUAGCGGUGCUAAUCGCAAUGUUUUGAUAAAGGUGCUAUAUAGAAAUGUUAUGAAAUUAUUAUCUUUUGUCAAUAUUUUUUGGCAAAAAAUACCAUUCGUAUAUUUGUAACAUAGAAAUAUUAGAUUUUGGCAAUAGAUUUGAUACGCAAUUAUUAAGCAAAAGAAGGCUCCAUGUAGCCAGCUGUUAAUGACAAUUCUGGACUAAAAGCAUGGAAAAUAAUUUAUUAAAAAGUUAAUGCACCCGUUGUUUGAAAAGAAUAAACUUGUGUCACUAAUUUAAUAAUGAUGUAAAACAAUAAAGAAUCUUGUUAUAGUAUAUUUUUUUAUUAAUAAAACUAUGAACAAUA